ACUCCGUCCAAGAGGAACCACCUAACCUGACGGGCAGAAAAGUCAAUCACCAAAGGCAUGGGGGGGGGGGGGAGAUCUGCAGCAUCAGCACCUCCCACUGAGCUCAAAUGAGACCACGCCCUGCGCGCAUGCUCCUGGCCCGCGUUCGCGUGGCGCCGAGUGACAUCACUGACAAGCGCCAGCAGGAAGGGCGUCGCACGUGUCCGGAGGCGGCGGGCGGGCGGGCCCAUGGCGAGCUCUGCGGGGCUGGCACUGUGCGCCCAGACGCUGGUGGUGCGAGGAGGCAGCCGGUUCCUAGCCUUCUCCACUGCGGGCAGUGACGAUGACUGCGUCUUCACAUACGACUGCAGUACUGCAGAGAAGAAGGCUGCGCCAGAAGAUAAAGGGGAGGACGGGCAGCCCGCAGACAGGGGGAGUGACUCGAUUCUGGCGUCCACCUUCUCCAAGUCUGGCCACUACUUUGCUUUAACGGAUGACAGUAAGCGUCUGAUUCUUUUCCGUACAAAACCAUGGCAAUGUCUGAGUGUCAGGACGGUGGUGCGGAGGUGCACCGCCCUGACCUUCACAGCCUCAGAGGACCACAUCUUGGUGGCUGACAAGUCUGGAGACGUCUACUCCUUCUCCGUGCUGGAGCCGGAUGGAUGCGGCAGGCUGGAGCUUGGGCACCUCUCCAUGCUGCUAGACGUGGCUGUGAGUCCUGAUGACCAGUUUGUGCUCACUGCAGACCGGGAUGAGAAGAUUCGGAUCAGCUGGGCUGCUGCCCCACACAGCAUCGAGGCUUUCUGCCUGGGACACACGGAGUUUGUGAGCCGCAUCCUUGUAGUGCCCAGUCAUCCCGAGCUGCUGCUUUCUUCCUCUGGGGAUGGCACCCUGAGACUCUGGGAGUACAGAAGCGGUCGGCAGCUGCAGUGCUGUGACCUGGCCAGCCUACAGGAGCCUGGAGAGCAGACAGGCCACAAGGGGUUGGCCGCAUCCAGGAUUGCAUUCUGGGGACAGGAGAGCUAUGUGGUGCUUCUGUGUGAGUGCGUUCCCGUGGUCUUCAUCUUCCAGCUUGAUGCCAGCAGACGGCAGCUGGUGUUCAGACAGCGGCUGACUUUCCCUCACCGAGUGUGGGAUGUCGUAUUUGAGGAGGCCCAGGGGCUGUGGGUUCUACAGGACUGCCGUGAUGCCCCCCUGGUGCUCUGGAGGCCCGUGGGUGGUGAGUGGCAGGCUGCUCCAGACGGUGCUGUGUCCCCGAGACUCUGCAGCCAUCUCCGGGAGAGCUGGGCCAUGCUGGAAGGCUCUGUUGGUGCAGAUGAUGGCUUCCGAAGCCUGUACAAGGCCACCUUUGACAACAUGACCUCUUACCUGAAGAAAAAGGAAGAGAGACUGCAGCAGCAGCUGAAGAAGAAGCGGCAAAGGAGCCCCCUCCCAGGGUCCCCGGAACAGACCAAAAAGGCAUGCCUGGGGCAGUCAGCCCUUAGCUGCUGACCUUGGACAUGGCCGAAGCUCUCAUUCCUGAGGCCCCAUGGACAGCUCUCUUCCCCCUUCUCCCUGGUUCAUCCCUAGGGAGGGAGAUCGUGGCAGCUCAGUCCCCACCACUAGCUCAACAGUCUCUGGUCCCCAGAGACUGCCUUUGUCACUGAGAACAGGCUCCUGCUGGGUUGCAGGGAAGACAGGUGGUGGUAGCUUAGCUGAGGAGUCUAUAGCUGUGUGGAAGCACCUUCACAUUGAAGGACACACUGACCCACAGCACCACACACGUCUGUCAGUGCCCACAGUGACGUCCCUGGGGAUCUCUAGGGUGGCCUGCAGGUAGGACCUGCCUUCACAUCAUUGCUGGGGCUCUCCGGGUGGAGCUCUGUAUGGCUCAUGUAGCUGCUUGCUGUUUUGAGGCAGUUUCGGUUGGUGCUGUUUCUUUGUAGCCCGCACUCCUGGGCUGGGCUGAGCAGACCGAGCAAGCUUCGGGGCUCUGAGGGUGUGACCUUGCCAGGCCAGCCUUGUUUUACAGGGGAUGAUGGUGACCUUGUGGUUCUGUUGAUCUGAACUCUGCAUACAUUGCAGAACAGAAGGAAAUGAACAGAAUACACAGCAUCAAUAAAGACAAGCGUUGCAUAGCUUUCUGUAAUGUUCAGCAGCAGUCUCCAUAGCUGGUCUUAAGAUAGUCAAUGUGCGUAUGUUCUUCAAAUGACAUGCUCUUGGUGGUUAGAGAGGGGUGUCGUCCAGCUCUGCCUACUCAUGUCGUGUCCCAGACUAGCUGCAGUGGAGACAGUCCUGGCCUGGGGCAGAUGAGACCUUAGUUCAAGUACCACCCAAACAUACAGAACAAAGGAAGGCCGUAGCCAAUCAUACCUGCAACCCUAACACUGGAGCUGCAGACUGAGGCAGGCCAGCCUAAACAGUGACCUUAAAGGCUCUGUGAGAUGCUGUUUCAAGAUGAACAGUAGAGGAAGAUGCCCAGUGUUAUCUUCUGGCCUGCACACGACAUGCACACGCAGUAGAAACAGUCUUGUGGCUACAAGCAGCUAUCAAUUGAGUGGGUGGUAUUCAUGGAGCAAGGUACUCCCCUCUGUCUAGGAGCUAAUGUCUAGUGUCCUGGAUGCUGGGAUGUUUGGUCCCUGGAGAAAUGGAUGUGCAACCUGGGCUGUGGGCUGGGUCCUAAAUAGUUGGAGAUAAAUGAGAAAAGUCUGAGGGCCCAGGAAUAGAGCUUUGCUGAGCCAGUGCUGCGCUCUCUCAGCCCUUGGGUCACGUGCAGCCUGCAAGUCAGAGCCCAUGCUUGCAAAGCACCAGUCCUCACAGGGCCACCAUGGCCUGAGGGUCCAUGCAAGGGGUAUCUGAGGUCCCUGGUGUCUGCCUUGUAGGCUCUGAGACAGCCACACAGACAGUGAUGGGGAGUCCUCGUGUCAAAGGAGAGGUGGUGCCUUCAUGGUGGGGUUAUUCCUAAGGUCCUGAUGAGUCACAGCAGAACAGACAGCAGUGAGCAGCAGGCAGGCCCACCCCAACGAUCCCAGUCCUGUCUCCACUUUUCUCAAUAAAGUCCUGGUGUUGACGAUUGUUCCUACCCCACAGUGACAUCUGGAUGUCCCAGGGUCCACUUACCUAUGUGAGUGUGGCCAGUGGAAGCACCUGGUUUUGGGUAGAGGAGGGUGUUGGGCCUCCAUGUCCUAGCCAGAUCACAGCUGACUGGCAACAGGUUCUACCUUCUCUCUGGCUCUGGGGCCAGCAGAGGCUCUUGGUCCCUUAGGCAGAGCCUCUGAGCCUGUUAAUGGGUCCCACUUUCAGGGGCCUUAAUGCCCGUAGGCUGGGUACAUACCAUUGUGUUUACAGGACCCUGCUAGCCAGUAGGCUAGUCCACAUGCCUACAUUUCAUGUGGUUCCAGAAAUUUCUUCCAAAGUAGAAAUUUUUUAUUGGGACUACACUUCUAUUUAAAGGGAUUUGUGUCUUACCUGGUUUUAGGCCAGUCUGGCCUGGGCAGUUCAUGCUAUGAUUUCAGCUUGUGUCAGGGCGUCUUCACCUCCAACAGCAGCUCCCCACUUCCGCUGGGCUGCGCUGCUGCCAGGGUCGUUCCCGAGAGGCUGUCCACAAGUCUUUGAUAAGACACCAAGGCAAUUUAUAUGAGAGAUUAGCCGGCCUUCCAGUUCCAGGGGGCUGGGGGCCAUGCUGGUGGAAGGGAGGCGUGGCAACGGGUGGCUAGAGCCCCAGCUGAGAGCUCCCAUCUCCCACAAGCAGGAGGCAGGACUGGCAGACACAUCAAGGCCAUAGGUUCUAGUCCUUCUAAACUGGGGGGCCAUUCCCAUCCCACCAGUGCACAGAGCCCUCUGUCAGUUUAGAACUGGCCUCUCCCCUAAUCCUCCUGCUUCAUUAAACUUGUAUCUUUAUUCCUCAUUA